CUGUGCAGUUUUCAGCCUUUCUUCCAAAACUAGUCAGUCAGGCAGCGACAUAGACGAACUUAAGCGGCUGUCAGAGCGAUAUUAUGUUUUUAUCAUCGAAACCAAUGCCUUACUCUCACUGGACCUGAUUUUUUCAUCGAGGCGUGUUUAAUUUGGAGAGGCGGUUCCAAGUGACUGCCUGGAGGUGCCAAACCAACCUGCCAUGUCGGUCAGUGUUCAUGAGAAUCGUAAAUCCCGUACCAGUACGGGAUCCAUGAAUAUCUCGUUGUUCCACAAGCCUUCGCAUCCUGACAGUGUCCUCACCCACCUGAACACACUGAGGAAACAGAGUAUGUUCACUGAUGUCACUCUGUGGGCCGGAGAUCGCUCCUUCCCAUGCCACAGGGCAGUCUUGGCAGCAUGCAGUCGGUAUUUUGAGGCCAUGUUCAGUGGAGGGCUGCGAGAAAGUCUGGACAGCGACGUCAACUUUAGAGACAAUAUACACCCCGAGGUAUUGGAGCUGCUGCUGGACUUUGCCUAUUCUUCCAGACUCAUAAUAAAUGAAGAGAAUGCUGAGUCAUUGUUGGAGGCAGGCGACAUGUUACAGUUUCAUGAUAUCCGGGAUGCUGCAGCAGAAUUUUUAGAAAAGAACCUGCAUUCCUCCAACUGUCUGGGAAUGAUGCUGUUAUCAGAUGCCCAUCAGUGCAAAAGACUGUACGAGCUGUCAUGGCGGAUGUGUCUAGUACACUAUGAGACGGUAAGAGAAUCAGAGGAAUUCUACAGUUUGUCUAAAGAUAAACUGCUGGAACUGAUACUUAGUGAUGAGCUGGAGAUAGAAGAUGAACAGGUUGUGUUUAACUCUGUGUUGCGGUGGGUUCAGUAUGACCUGGAAGGCCGACGUCAUCACUUACCAGAGCUGCUACGGGGUAUCAGGUUGGCACUGCUGCCAUCGGAGUGUCUGUUGGAGGCUGUAGCUUGUGAAGAGCUGGUUAUGGCUGAUAAGAGGAGCAGGUUAAUUGUUGAGGAGGCAAUACAGUGUAAAAAGAAGAUUCUUCAAAAUGAUGGAGUGGUGACCAGUCCUUGUGCUCGACCACGCAAGGCAGGACACACUCUGCUAAUACUGGGUGGCCAGACCUUCAUGUGUGACAAGAUCUACCAGGUCGACCAUAAAGCCAAGGAGAUCAUCCCAAAGCAGACCUUCCUAGCCCCAGAAAAGGAGUUCAGUGCCUGUGCCAUUGGCUGUAAGGUGUAUGUGACGGGAGGAAGGGGAUCUGAGAAUGGAGUUCGAAAGAUGUCUGGAUCUAUGACACUGUCCAUAAGAAUGGUCCAAAGGGCACCCAUGCUUAUAGCCAGGUUUGGUCAUGGCUCAGCAGAGUUAGAGAACAGUCUUUACGUUGUAGGAGGUCAUACGGCUAUAGCUGGGGUAUUUCCUGCCUCACCGUCUGUCUCUUUAAAGCAGGUUGAGCGGUAUGACCCUCUCUGUAAUAAGUGGACAAUGAUGGCACCUCUAAGAGAUGGAGUGAGUAAUGCAGCCGUGGUCAGUGCUAAACUAAAGCUUUUUGUGUUUGGAGGGACCACGAUACACAGAGACAAGGCCUCCAAGGUUCAGUGCUAUGACCCUGUGGGGAAUCGUUGGAAUAUUGCAGCUGAGUGCCCCCAGCCAUGGCGCUACACAGCUGCUGCUGUCCUAGGCAGUCAAAUCUUCAUUAUGGGCGGUGAUACUGAAUUCACUGCUGCCUCUGCUUAUCGAUUUGACUGUGACACCAACCAGUGGACUCGAGUAGGUGAUAUGACAUCUAAAAGGAUGAGCUGCCAUGCCGUGGCCUCAGGAAAUAAACUGUAUGUGGUUGGAGGGUAUUUUGGAACACAACGGUGUAAGACAUUGGACUGUUAUGACCCCACGUCUGAUAGUUGGAAUUCCAUCACCACUGUGCCUUAUUCUCUGAUCCCCACUGCCUUUGUCAGCACAUGGAAACACCUGCCAGCCUAGCUGGGGAUCAGUCAUUCCAGGUGUUGGUGUUUUGUCCAUUGUGAGGGGACAGCUAACUGGAAGAGAAGUUGUGGAGGCUCCAUCCUGCUGUCAACCACUGGGUGCAGCUGUACUUCCACACAGGACCUUUAAAAAAAAACAGCCAACUUGUAGCCAAAAUUGCACUUAACAGACUCUGAAUCAGUCCUGAGUGGUGUGACCAACAGGCAAAUAGCAGACUUCCAGGUCUUAAAGCACAAGAGAGGAUUAUUCCCAACAUGAUUGUAAUGCUACUAAGCUGACAUAAAGCAACAGACAAAUGGACACUUUCACCCAGUGAUUGACCUUGUAUACAGGCUUGGCCACUGAGUGUUUGGAGGCCGUGUUCAAUUUCAUAAAUGUGUUAUUAUUAUUACUGUUAGUCAUGAAAUGCACUACUAGACUAUUCCACACCCAAAGUUAUAAGCUCAAACAGUUUAAGAUGCUGUCACAUUACAGCAUUUCAAGUUUGCUGACUAAAAAUGGUAACCCUACCUCCAAGCUCACAAUUAAAAUCAGGAAAAUGAAUCUUGCCCCAGUGAUUUUAAAACUAUUUAAAUUUAGUCUUUCAGAAACACUGCAUUCAUUGACUACAUUUACUUGUAUUUCUACCACAUUUAAAACAAAUGAAAACAUGAACUACAAGAAUAAAUUUUUCAGAAUUGUAGGCUUAUGCCCGGGAUCUCAAUUAAGCUCUUCUUACCAUCUACAUAGCACUGGGUAGUAUACCAAAAAGUCACCAAAACUGCCACUAGGUCUAUGAUUGACAAUUUUUUCCACAUUGGUACCUUUGGUAAAUCCUCUCUGCCAGCACAGUCCAGUGUAUGUGUUCUUUUUUAAAAAACUGAUGCCAGCGGAAUGCUGAAGCUACAGAACUUGAAUGCAGUAAAAGGGUCUUUCCCAUGCAAAUGAACUUGGACGGUCAAAGUGACAGCCAUUUUUAUGUGUUACAUUCCUGUUGUACCUGGACAUUAAGUCUUUCAUCUGAUGUCUCUUAAUGUCAUUUAAAGUCAUUUAAAGUUAACAAACAUUUCUUCCUCAUUAACGUUGGGCAACACUUCAGCAGUUUGUAGCAUUUAAGAGGUUAUAUUAAGAAAAGGUUUAAGAUGAUGCUGACCACCUAGGUUUGCUGGUUUGCAGAUGUUGACUGGUUGAACUAAUAUGAGAAACCCAUUUUCGCUAAGAUUAUGCUGUAACUUAGAUUCAGAAAUUCACAGUUAUUUUUGUAAUUUCUGCUUUGAGGCUACAGCCACAGUACAACAUAUCUACUCAGUUCUCAAGCAAGUGUGAUGCACUUUGUAGCCCUACUGACUUGUUACUAUAGCAAAGAAUAAUCACCAAUUUGUCCUGUACCAGCAAAAUGAGUAUGGCAAAAAGAGUGAUAUUUGUUCUACUCCAUUCAAGUUUUAUGGCAGAGUCUGAUCUCCCACACGAGAGAACAGGGUUAGGAUAGUGCUAGAUGCCAUUGGUGAAGGAUGCCAGAUGAAAUCUAUUGGCAAUUUGUACAUUCUUCUCAAUGGCUGGCCAAUUUUAUGGUUGCUUGUUUGUUUUGGUGGAAAAAAGUGCCUUAAAUUCAACCUUUAGAGCAACAUUUCUCCAGUUAUAUUUACGUCCUUCCUUGUUCUGCUGUACAACAACAACAAAAAAAAAAUUUACAGGUAAAAAAGCAGUAUCUUAUAAUUGAUAAAUUUCUCACAUCCCCACAUUGAUAGCAUCGCCCAUCAGUGAUUAUUGUGGGGGGUCAGCAGAACAAAUACAAACAAAUACACUGCCACUUACCUCUGGGGGGAAAAAUAAAAAUUAUGUCUACAGGAGAUGAUGUGAAACUGUCAUAAUGCUAAUGGCUAAUGUUAACAAUAGCACCAACCACGGUAGUAAUGGAGAAUGCUAUAUUCAUACACAGAGGUAAAAAAUGUAAACAAGUUUUUAUUCAGGUAAAUGUGGCAGUACAUCCAGAUAUGGAUUUCAGGUCAUAUCGCCGAGCCCUCCAUUGGCUGCCACCAUAUUAAUCCUAGCUAGUAAGCUUAUUUUUUCUGUAAAGAAAAUUUUGAUUUCAUAAAAUGAUAAUUACAGUAGAAAUAAUAAAAAGUCGCAAUGGCCUCACAGCAUGUGAUGUUUAAAAAAAAAAAAAAAGGGUUGCAAGGGUAACAGCUUUGCUAUAGCCUGGUUUGUGCCAACUGAGUACUUAGUUGGCAUUAAGUGGCACUAAGUGGGCACUAAGUGGGUCCAGUGCUAACUCCUUGCUCCUUUGACCUUCACCUUUCCUGCACCUUGAGGUAGCUGCAAUCAUGAUCAUGAUUAUUAUUAUUUUUUAGUUGCAAACAUUAUCUGCAUUAUCAACCAUUAUCUGCAUAAUAAGCCAACAAGAUCAAAAGAGCUUUUCCAGACACUGGUAAUAUAACAUACUAACCAACAUUUGAUAGGGAAUAUUGUUUUUGUUUUUGUUUUGUUUUUUUAACUGGAGACUUUUUAUGUAAGUCACUAUUAUUAUAGUGGGAGUCUUUUCUUAAAGAAAUACCCUGGAAUUUUGUAUUGUUUUUUUGUUUUGUUUUGUUUUGUUUUGUUUUGUUUUUCUUUUGCAAGGUGUUUGUCACAUUAUAGAUACUUUACAGUUGCAUCAGGAAUGUCCUAGCAACCAUGGCAGAUGCCAUCUUGGGCGUCCACUGGAGAAUUAACCAUUCACUAGUAAUUGCUAAACUUGAAAUGUAUGAUCGAACAAACAUUUUUUGUUUGUGUUUGCUAGCUACGUAGCCAGUUAUGUGGAAAUACAGAAAUAAAUGAAUAAAUAAACAAACAUGCUUGAAGAAACUGAGAAAAAAAAUGAUCCCCAUAAACAGCAAGCCAGCUUUGUAAGGGCAGCCGGAACUACUACCUACUUAAAGUUAGCUACUGACAAGUUAAUACCACUUUUACCAUGGACACAACUAGAAACCAAACAAACUAAUCUUCUUUUGUAGCAAUUCCAGCAAUUUGCUACCAAGCAGCGUGUUAGGACCACCCAUUUCUGUCAGCCACUUGAGAGAAAAAUGUUUGUCAUAGUGUCUCAUGGGUUGGUUUGUCCUGUCUGAGCCACUGCAGAAAUAUGGUGAAGCAACAUGGCAGCCCACAAAACUGGGACCCACACUUAUGUAGGGUACAAAACUUUUAACCUUAUGAACACAUCAUGAUUCUUCAUUUCUGGUUUAAUGCAUGUUUAUGAAUGUUAUAUCCCAUUUCUGUUCUUAACUCAAAUUAAAUCCAGAACAUUGUACCUGUAAGCUGUGUGAGAUUUCUGACAAAGAUAAAUACAGUUACAUUUUGACUGCAAUGCAAAUUGCAGAUGUCUUCAAUUAAAUUAUGACCAGUUUUUA